UCUGGGUGGCUACAGAGGGAAUUUUGCCCCACCCUGCGUACCUGUCCCAAGGGCCGGUCUUCCUCCCUCCCCGCCCCCAGCAGUCCCGUCCCGGAGCCCGUGACUCUGGAGCUGGAGUCUCCAGAGCACCCACGGGCUGCCAGGGUGAGCCGGCCAGGGACUCAGGAGACUGGAGAGCCCUGCAGGUGCAGAGUGGACACGUCCGGCUGGAAGAGCCGUCGCUGCCCCGCCCCUCCCCACCCCCACCCUGAAGCCAGAACCUGCUUGGCAUGGGCAUGCCAGCAAGAAGCUAGCCCCCUGCCAGGCUAACACUGACCCCAAGCCACUCCUCACCUGGACAAGAUGAGAGUGUCAGGUGUGCUUCGCUUCCUGGCCCUCAUCUUUGCCCUGGUCACCACAUGGAUCUUUAUUCGCAGCUACAUCAGCUUAAACGCGAAAACUAUCCGUCUGCCCCGCUGGCUGAGUUUGGUCACCAAGGAGAUCCCAGUCGUGAGGGCCAAGUGUGGCCUCGCUAAGCCCUGCCCCAAAGAGUUCUUCGCCUUUAAAAUCAGCAGCGGGGCUGCUAACGUCGUGGGCCCCACCAUGUGCUUCGAAAACCAGGUGAUCAUGAGUCCUGUGAAAAACAACGUUGGCAGAGGCCUGAACAUUGCCCUGGUGAAUGGAACCACAGGAAUGGUGCUAACACAGAAAUGCUUCGACAUGUAUUCUGGAGAAGUGAAGCUGCUGGUGAAAUUCCUUAAAGAAAUUCCAGAGGGCGCACUCGUGCUGGUGGCCUCCUAUGACGACCCGGGAACCAGACUGAAUGAUGAGACCAGGAAGCUCCUCUCCAGCCUGGGCAGUUCUUAUGCAAAGCAGCUGGGCUUCAGAGAUAGCUGGGUCUUUUUAGGAGCCAAAGACCUCAAGGACAAAAGCCCCUUUGAGCAGUUCUUAAAGAACAACCCAAACACAAACAAGUACGAGGGCUGGCCGGAGCUGCUGGAGCUGGAAGGCUGUGUUCCCCGGAAGAUACCGUAGGGUAGCUGUGGACCAAAGAAGCUCCUGGCUACUCUAGGAGUCAGAGCUGACUGCAGCGACGAAAAGGGGGCCAAGAGGCCUGUGGAAAGUGCUGGGGGAGUCCCCAUGCACUGUGCACCUCCCCUGUUUGGAAGCAGACCCCUCUCAUGGGCUGAGGCGGCUCACCCAAGGUGGCCAGACUCAGGGAUCCUUCCAGAGCUCAUCUGCUCUGGAGAGAACAGGCUGGUUGUCACUCCCGAGGAAGGACAGACUGCCCAUACCUGCGGCGCACAAUUAAAUUUUAUUUUUGCUCACUUUGAA